AUGAAAGGUGGAAAUGAAAAAAAAAAUAGAAAUACCCUCAAAACAGAGAUUAAAAUUAAUAAUAAUAAAAUUAAUUAUUUUUCAAUUUUAAUUGAAACAUCAUCACAGAUGUCAAUUUUUAAUUUUGAAUCAGAACAAGAAAAAAUUAAAGAAGGUUUAAAAGAUAUAAAAUUUUCAAAAACAAAUAAUGAAGCGAAAUUGGGUGAAGCAAUGGAAUUGUGUUUUGAAGGUAUAUUAGAAUCAAGUUGGGAACCAAGUGAUUUUAAUUCAAAGAUUUUAAUUUUUAGUUCAGGUAAAUCGACAGAUGAUUCAGUUAAUGGUUUUUUAGACAAUUUAAGCUUGGAUAAUGUUGAAAUCUAUGGAUUGGCAUGUAAUUGUAGUUUAAUCACAAAUCUAAAUAUUGUUGUUAUUAAUAAUUUACAAUCAAUUUUACCAGAUCAAAAAAUAAUUCAAUUGGAAAAGAAUUUUAAUCAAGAUAUAAAAUUAUUGAUUAAUGGUGGUAGUAAAGAUCCAUAUUUGAAUUUUCCAUUCAAUAUUGAGGUUUAUCCAAAUUCAAAUGAAACUAAAUUAAUUUAUGAUGAUUUAUUAUUAGAUGUUAUAAUAAAACCAGAUGGUCAAUUUUCAAUACCAUCAGGUACAAUAGUUAAAUUCUUAUCAAAUAAAUAUUACUCAAGUUUCACUAUUCAAUUGAAAAGAGAUUUAGAUUUUGGUGAAUCGUAUAAGUUCUUUGUUGAAUGGUCUUGUUAA